AUGCUUGGGGCAUCACCUGGGAUGCUUGGAGCAUCACCUGGAAUGCUAGGGGCCUCACCUGGAAUGCUUGGGGCAUCACCUGGCAUGCUCGGGGCAUCACCUGGAAUGCUUGGGGCAUUACCUGGGAUACUUAGGGCAUCACCUGGGAUGCUUCGGGCAUUACCUGGGAUGCUUUGGGCAUCACCCGGGAUGCUUGGGGCAUCACCUGGAAUGCUAGGGGCAUCACCUGGGAUGCUUGGGCAUCGUCGGGAAUGCUUGGGGCAUCACCUGCGAUGCUUGGAGCAGCACCUGGGAUGCUAGGGGCAUCGUCGGGAAUGCUUGGGGCAUCACCUGGGGUGCUGGUAGCGUUGCC